UAAUUGUUGUUUGUUGAGUGUGAAACAAUUUUGUUGAGCCAAAUGAUUUUGAAAAAAAUCAUGUCUGUUGGGAUUAUAUCACCAUUACGUAGACGAAAUUGUCUAUUAACUUUAGUUUUUAUUCUAUGUGUACCAUUUGUAAUUAUUGUUUUAUUAUCCGUACCAGAUUUAAGUUCCGAGCAAACAUUAGUACAACGAAUUGCUGAGUUACAAGUAAAAUUACAGUAUUUGGAUUCAAUGUAUCGCUCUAGGCAAGAAGAUGUUCAAGUGUUAACACAACAAUUAGGAAAUAUUUUCACUGAUGCUAAUUCAUCGGGGGAUUUACCAACACCUAGACAUGUGAAUAGUUUACAGAUUGAUAAUCACAUGUUAAUACGUUCGCUUAACAUGUCUGGAUUUCGUGCUGCAAGUGGAUUAGAACCAGAUAAACAAUUACGUUUACCAUCAACAUUUCAAUUUCUACCACAUUUAUUAGAUGAUCCACAAAGUUUACGACCCGCGUAUUUAGUUUCACGUGGACGUACCGGAGUGUCUGUAGUGUUAGGUGUACCAACUGUGCAUCGUGAAAAACAAAGUUAUUUAAUACCGACUUUACAAAAUUUAAUAAGUGGUAUGGAUACAACGGAAGCAGAGGAUUCAUUAAUUGUUGUAUUUGUUGGCGAGACGGAUAUAGAAAUCGUCCUACAAGUGGCAAAAGAAAUUGAAAUCCGUUUUCCACAACAUUUAGAUUCUGGUUUAAUUGAAAUAAUAUCACCUCGUGCAUCAUAUUAUCCAGAUAUGACAAAAUUACGUUUAACGUUGGGUGAUUCAUAUGAACGUGUUCGCUGGCGUUCAAAACAAAAUUUAGAUUUUGCAUAUCUAAUGUCGUAUGCACAAUCGAAGGGUACAUUUUAUGUACAAUUAGAAGAUGAUAUCCUUGCUAAACGUAAUUAUGUUUCGAUAAUGAAGAACUAUGCAUUGGAUCGGAUAUCAAAGAAAGAAUCAUGGUUUGUGUUGGAUUUUUGUCAACUGGGAUUCAUUGGAAAAAUGUUUAAAUCAGCUGAAUUGCCAUGGUUAAUACAAUUUUUUCAAAUGUUUUACAACGAUAAACCGGUGGAUUGGUUGCUAGAUAAUUUAAUUGCAACAAAAAUCUGUAAUGGUGAAAAGGAUUAUGUGAAACAUUGUAAAAAAGAUAAAGCCUUGUUAUGGAUCCAUUUCAAACCAUCCUUAUUUCAACAUAUUGGUACACAUUCUUCCCUAAAGGGAAAAGUACAAAAGUUAAAGGAUAAACAGUUUGGUAAAAUUCCAUUAUUCUUUCCGCAUGUCAAUCCUGAAGCUGAAAUUGAAUCGGAUAUUAAACAUUAUAAGCAAUAUACUUUAAAACGUGCAUAUCUUGGUGAAACCUUCUUUUGGGGUUUAUUACCACAAGUUGGAGAUCAUCUAACAUUUAAAUUUUCUAGUCCUAUUUAUAUUAAACGUUAUUUAUUCAGAAGUGGUAAUGCAGAACAUCCGUCUGAUAGAUUUUACAAUACAACCGUAGAAGUUCUUCCUCGUAAUAGUAAUCAAUUUUAUAGUAGAAAUUUUAAUACCACUAAUGAUGGUUUUGUGGUUGUGGGAUCUUUUGAUCUACUGGGUGUAGCAGAAGGUAGUGUGGAUGAGUCAUUAGGACGAAUAUCAAUAUUAAGACUGAAUGUCCAUUCGGAGAGUGAAAAUUGGGCGAUAUUAAGCGAGAUUCAAAUACAAGAUAAAGUUGCACGGUGACCCUCUCUAGAAGAAUGGACACGUAAGAUAUUACCACAUUUUAACACCAAACAAAAUUAUUUAACAUCAGUUGUGAAAUUGUCAACAACCGCAAUAACAUUUACCAGUUCUUUAUUAAAAUAAUAAAACUUACUGAUGUCAGACAUUUUACAACAAUGGAACAACAGAAAACAAAACCCAUUUUUCAAACAUCAUAUUA